CGCAAGCGACCGGAUCCCGACUCACAACAAACCCUAGAUCCGAAGAUGCCCCUCAAGGAUUAUUUCGGGGACGUGGUGGGCCUGGGCAUCAGCGCCGGCCUCGCUUACUCGUUUUACACUUUCGCCAAAGCUGGGAGGGAAAUGGUGCACCAUCUCAAGAAUGUCCCAGAGCUGGAGAUCAAUGCAAAUCUCGUCUCCAAGCUGUCGGAAAGUGGAGGAGGAGUGUUGGCUUGUGUGCGGGGCGUAGUGAAGGCAUCAGAUGUUGCCAUUAGGUGUGUCGCACGGCCAGAGGUUGCUGGUGUCAUCUGGCGCCAUACGAUUCAAGAACACCUUGUUGCCCAAGUGAUGGGGUUCUGGAUGAAUGACAAGAGGACAGUGGACUCCUCGACAAGCAGCGUUCCCUUCAUGCUAAUGGACAAGGGCAUUGGGGUCCAAAUUUCAGAUCCAGCAAAACUAGAGGAUGUUGACUUGAUACUAGUAAGCGACAAAUUUGGUGUUGCUAACAACUCCCUUGCAGACCACCUCUGGGGUUGGAUGAAGGGCAUUCGAUCUACUGGGACACAACAAACAGAGGAAAUGUUAGUCGAGGGCACUCAGGCCAUGGGCAUUGGGCAGCUUACCCUGAAGAAUGAAGCCCUUUACCUCGAUCACUCUCCUUUGGUCCCCUACAUGGUUACGACGCGAAGUAAACAGACAAUUGUGGAGGAACUUGAUGGACCAGUACCCUAUUUACGGGUACUUAGUGUGAUCACUGCAUGUGGAGUCGCCUUCUAUAGCUACCGCAUCCUGAAGCGCUGGUACCGCAGCUGGCGUAAGGACAUCCGCCGGCGUGAUGAGCAACGCGUGCUGGAUGAGGCCCGGGUGAGGCGUGAGGCCCAGGGCAAUGACCUCCCAGAGAGCCUCAUGUGUGUUGUCUGCUGUGGGCUCCGCGACGUCCUGCUGGUGCCAUGCCGCCAUGUGUGUGUUUGUAGUGAAUGUGCACUGAAGCUCAACCCCAGAGUGUGCCCUGUCUGCCGGACAGAUAUUGAACGGAUCCAGCCUGUCUUCUACUCAUGAUUGAGUCUUCCGUUAGGCAGUCCUGGGCCCAAAUGUGUGCUAUCAAUUCUGUGAUACGUGCUCAAGAUUUUGUCGCUCUCCCUUUUUCACCAAUGUACGUAAGAACUUGUAUUCAUGGAUGUUGUACAGUUGUAUAUAUUAUAAACACAAAAAAAAAAUAGAAUGAAGUAUAUAUAGAAAGGUUGUGUCAGUGAGCAUGAUAGUCUGUAUUUUAGUCAAAACUUAUAUACAUAUAUAUAUAUUUGCAGCUGUCAGUAACUUCCAUGAAUGGGGGAAUCUGAAUGUGCCUUUGUUUUCUCUAGUCACAUGAUAACUCUGUUAAUUUAUGCACAUUAUAUUUUCUGUUAAGUUAUUAUACAUUGGUCAAAGUUUUUGUUCUUAGUACUAAAUAUGUAGGUGUUCAUUAAUUAGUUGUAGGAGAAAGAAAACAAAAAUUGUAGGUUAAUAAGAUGUUACCAUUAUUUGACUUCCUGGUAAUCCUAAUAGACAACUUAUUGGUGAGAUAGAUAUGAAGAUGAUAAAUUAUGUAAUGAGAAUAGUAAAAGUAGUCUUCUUUGAUUUCAUAAAUUAUAGAAGGUUUCAUGUUGAAGUGAGUGCAUUUUCACAUUUAUUAAGGGGAAAAACAAAGGCAUUGGAAGAAUGACUUUAGAAUUGUUAUAUUUUUACAUAAAUAAGUAUCAGGGGAAUAAGUAUACUGUAUUAUAUAUUUGUUAUGGCUUUUAACAAAGGGUAUGUCCUUACUUAUUUAUGUUCUUACUGAUAUACUUUAGUCUGGCAUUCUCAUGUAUAAUACAAUAUAUCAGCAUUGUAGAUCCACAGAAGUCUGUUUAUAUGAAUAGUACUUAUUAAACUACUUAUUGAA